AUGAGAAUUUCAGUUGCUAACUAUUGUGGGAAUUACAAUGGUGAUUACCUGAACCAGACUUACUUUGAGGUCGCAGACCAAAGUUUCACCAUGCCCCUUGUCAUGUAGAAUGAGCUGUGGCCCGAGUGGUACCAGAGACUGAAUGUUGGAACUGUGCUCUACCUCCAAAACUAUACCCUCAAGCAGAGUCAUCCAAACAGGUCUCGACCUGACAUAGACAACCACAGAAUGAAGAGCUUUCCCUCAGUAGAAAUCUGUCUGAAUCCUUGGAAUCCCACUGCACUCCUUACUGUGGUUCCAACCAAUGUGCAGUCUCAAUGGGGCUUGCCUACGGUUUCCUACCAGUUCACCACCAGAUAAGAAUUGAAGAACAAUUCUGCAUCAGAUUUCAUUGGCUUGGUAACUUUUGUGGGUCGGGUUGAGAGAGUCAAGAGUAAGGGGUCCGCAGGCCCAGAAAAAUACUGGACUUACCGCUGGGUCCAUGUUGGAACAUCCAAUAGUCCUUUUAUUUUGAAGCUUUCUGCUUCUUCACAACCAGAAAUAUACCAUGGGAUAUACCCAAGCAAAUAUUUUUACUAUAGUACUAGCUAUAACAGUUAGUAGCUAUAAUACAAACAAUUCCAUAGGUAAACGGCAACAGAACUCUCCUAAUUGUACUUAUUUUCUCCCUGCUCUGUACCCUCCCCAUAUCCCAUUGUAACAUACCUGGUGUGCACUCAGAUGAGAAAGUGUUAAGAGCAAGACUCACUGCCUUACCUCACCAGCAGCUGCAAGACACAUAUAUUUAAUACCGGGUAUCACAAGGGCCAGCCAUAUCUGUCAGACCCCAGGGUGAAGCUUCAACCAGUCGACCAAGACUGAAGGACAGACAGCAUUAUGCUGAAGAAGACGGCGGCCAUUAUUGCUUCCCUCACAGCCCUCAGAUAUUCACACAGUCAGUGGCAGUUGGCUCAGCUCAACUUCUUCUGGUUGCUGCAAAUGACCUAAAGAGGGAGAAGGAGGGUCUGCAUUAUCGUUAGCACAAGCAGCUGGCAAUCCAAGGUCAGAUCAUUGCUGUGCAGUAUGUGACAUGGCCAGAGGAGGCACUGUCAGACCAGGUAGGCUUUAUUGAUUGCUUUACUGUGGGUUAUACAAUGAAUUUAAGGAGGAUCUUUUGAUCAGCUGUCCGGACAAAAUCUAAAUUUUAACAGUCUUGAUGAAAAUAACCAAUUAUGUGACAUUUUAUCAGGUAACAAUAAUGUAAAUGCCUGUGCCAAAGCCUGCCACCUUAUCCUCCAACGGAUACUUUAUUAUUAUAAGAGCCUAAUUGUCCUUUUAGCCGCUGUACUUUAUGCAUAAAUGUGUAUAGAUUAUGUAAGGCAUUAUAUAUUACGCCUGUUUGCCUAUGAUUGUUUUUAGUGUUUCAACUCAGUUUGAGUGGUCCACAAUGUGGUUUAAAAAAAAACAACAACUGUAUUAUAGUAUAAUUGUGGAGUGACACGUCAAUACAUUUCUCUAACUCUAGAUACACCGAGUACACAAAAAACUAAGAACACAUGCUCUGUCCAUGACAGACUGACCAGGUGAAUGCAAUGAUCUCUUAUUGAUGUCACUUGUUAAAUCCACUUCAAUCAAUGUAUAUGAAGCGGAGGUAAAAAUAAAAAAUAAAAAUAAAAGAUUUUUGAGCUUUGAGACAUUUUAAUUUAACCCUUAUUUUACCAGGUAAGUUGACUGAGAACACAUUCUCAUUUACAGCAACGACCUGGAGAAUAGUUACAGGGGAGAUAAAUGAACCAAUUGGACACCUGGGAUGAUUUGGUGGCCAUGAUGGUAUGAAGGCCAGAUUGGGAAUUUAGCCAGGACAGCAGGAUUAACACCCCUACUCUUACAAUAAGUGCCAUGGGAUCUUUAGUGACCACAAGAGAGUCAGGACACCCAUUUAACGUCCCACCCGAAAGACGGCAUCCUACUCAGGGUCCCUAAUUACUGCCCUGGGGCAUUGGGAUAUUUUUUGUGUGUUUUUUUACCAAAGGAAAGGGUGCCUCCUACUGGCCCUCUAACACCACUUCCAACAGCAUCUGGCAAGCCAGCAGUGUGCUGCAGGGUGGUGUGCUGCAGGGUGGUGUGCUGCAGGGUGGUGUGCUGCAGGGUGGUGUGCUGCAGGGUGGUGUGCUGUGGAUAUGUGCCAUUCAGGGGGGUGAAUGGGAAAGACAAAAUAUUUAAGUGCCUUUGAACGGGGUAUGGUAGUAGGUGCCAUGCACACUGGUUUGUGUCAAGAACUGCAACACUGCUGGGUUUUUCACGCUCAACAAUUUCCCAUGUUUAUCAAGAAUGAUCCACUACCCAAUGGAAUUCAAGCCAAUUUAACACAACCGUAGGAAGCAUUGGAGUUAACAUGGGCCAGCAUCCCUGUGGAAUGGUUUUGACGCAUUGUAGAGGUGCGCCACUCAAUAUUAGGAAUGUGUUCCUAAUGUUUGCUAUACUCAGUGUAUAUAACACAUUUCAUGUUAUUUUAACACACUAAUUCUCUUUAUCUAAAGUCGAUGCAUUGUUUUUUUUUUACAAUAACAGGACAGGAUACAUUGAAAGACACAAAAAAAACAGUUACCUGUACAGGAAUGAUUUGCCGUUGGUAAGUCAAGUUUAGAAUACGAUUCAGUGUGUGGGUGAGACUGUUGUGGCUGUACCUAACCCACGGUGAUCAGAAAACUGUAGACGUAACUGAAACACAGAAAAACAGGGAAACAGCGCCCUCUGGUGUGCAGAGCUCACUCAGCAGACGGGGAAAAAACAGCCCAAGAAGAGGUGAGUUUCAAAACACAGGUGGGCUAUAUGACUGUCAACAUUGAUAAACAUUUAAAAUUGUACUUGUAACUCCCCUUUACUACGGCAUUUGAAAUUGUAUUUGUAUAUUUUACAUUGUCAUGAUGAUGUCACUUGCGCGUUUUAGAAUAAUUGUAUUUAGUAUUUUAGAGUGAUAAAGCAAUGCUACAUCACUCGGGCCAAGAUGCAAGAGAAAAGGUACUGAUUCAACUUAUAUCCUCUGCCAUAAUCAGUUCUCUAUGCCCAUCAGGGACCCACCCAGUAGCUCAGGUUAUUAGAGCUUUAUCUGUUCACAGAGAAGCUGGCCGUGGCUUUACAGAAUAGGAGCUAGUGGGGCAGGAAGAGAAGAGUGAUUCUGAAUCAGAGGAAGAAGUUGGUCCACUAGAUAGAAACCCAGACCAAACCAGAGCCAGUGAACAACAAAGUCCAUCGGGUAUAAGAGUGCUGUUCCACAUGAACAUACUAUCUCAACAUUUAUCUGUGGCCUAGCUUCUAUUCCUCUCUUUAUGAACUAAGCAUGGCUAGCCUGAGAAAUUAACUAUGCUGUCUGUCUGGAACCAUGGAAACUGCUUGCCAUUAAUGAGGGGUGUUACAACAAGGCUAGUGACACUGAUAUGCCUACUAUAUUUUGUUUCUAAAAUAUUCCACAGAGUGACGGCGCUCCAAGAGAAAGUGGUUACGGACUGUGAUGGAUCGUCGUGGGAAAGCUGCUUGUGGCUGAAGCAGAGACGAGAAGUGUCAGAAUAUUUGUGUCAAUGACGAAUAAGGUUCUCAAAAACAUUUUAAAAGGGAAAUAUAUAUAUAUAUUUUAAUUAUGCUCCCUUGAUUGUUACCUACAAUGUGCAUGCACAUUCAGGAUUUGUCGCUUUUUAAUGCAACUUAAAUUUACCUCCUAAAAAAAGACCCCACAUUUUGAAUGACUGUCAAAUGAAACUUCUGUUCGAGAAAUUAAAACCAUAUACAAUUUGACAAAAAAAUCAUUUUUCUCUUAAGACUGAGCUUCUCUGCAUUUUAUUAGACAAUAUAAUAAUGUUAUUGUUUUUAACCAUUAAGUACCUAAUGAUCAUUGCUGGUUGCACCGAAUGACUAUUAUUUUACAGUGUCAUUUUUUUAGGCAGAUCUCUUUCCCUCUUACAGAAACACACACAUACAUAAACAGUAUGGUUUCUUAUUCAACUAUAAUGAUGCCUUUAAUGUGUAAUAAAUUACAAAA